AUGGAGAAGCUGUACGGCUCCAAGCUCAGCCUAUGGGCCAAUAAGCUUACCGUUGACCAUGAGGAUGGGUUGACAACGGCCCAGCUGAUGUUGACAAACCAUGAUCUCAAACCAGUCGAGCCCGCGCGCCGGCAGUGGGGGUCGUGGAACUUCGUUGCCUUUUGGAUUGCCGACUCGUUUAAUAUCAACACGUGGAUGAUCAGCUCCAGUAUGAUCGUCGCCGGCCUCUCGUGGUGGCAGUCAUGGCUCUGUGUCUGGAUCGGCUACGCCAUCGCCGGAUGUUUUAUAUCCGCCACGGGCCGUAUCGGUGCCGUGUAUCACAUCGGCUUCCCGGUACUCAACCGGGCGAGCUUCGGUAUUUGGGGUAGCUUGUGGCCUAUAUUCAACCGUGCGGCCAUGGCUUGCAUCUGGUACGGCGUACAGUCGUAUAUUGGCGGGCAUUGUGUGUACCUCAUGAUCCGCUCCAUAUGGCUGAGUUGGGAUCGUGAGAAGAUCCCCAACACCUUCGCAGCAGACUCGGGGACUAGCACAGCGGACUACGCGUCUUUUUUCCUUUUCUGGUUAUGCUCGCUGCCGGCUAUCUGGUUCCCCGUGCACCAGAUCCGGCAUUUGUUCACCGUUAAAGCUUAUUUCGUGCCUUGCGCCGGCAUCGCCUUCUUCAUCUGGGCCCUCGUCCGCGCUGGCGGUGCCGGUCCCAUCAUCCGUCAGCCCGCCUCCCUCUCUGGCAGCGCUCUGGCGUGGGAGUUCAUUAAGGGGGUCAUGAGUUCUAUCGCCAAUUUCGCGACACUGAUCGUCAACGACCCGGAUUUCUCGCGUUUCGCCGGCAAGCCGCGCGACGCAUUAUGGUCCCAGCUAUUCACUAUCCCCAUCGGCUUCGCCGUCACGUCCUUCAUCGGCAUCUUCGUGUCGAGCAGCUCCAUCAUCAUCUACCCGGGCACGGAGCCGAUCUGGGAUCCUCUUGACCUGCUCGAGCGCUUCAUCGACGACGGCGGCUCGGCACAGCGCUUCGGCGUCUUCGUCAUCGCGCUGGCCUUCGCGCUCGCCCAGCUCGGCACCAACAUCGCAGCCAACUCCGUCUCAGCCGGCACGGACCUGACGGCGCUCAUGCCCCGGUUCAUCAACAUCCGGCGCGGCGGGUACAUCUGCGCCAUCGUAGGGUUAGCCAUGUGUCCCUACACGCUCCUGACGUCGUCGAACCAGUUCACCACGUACCUCUCGUCGUACGCCGUGUUCCUAAGUUCCAUCGCCGGCGUCAUGUGCAGCGACUACUACCUCGUGCGGCGGGGCUACCUCGAGGUGCGGGAGCUGUACGACGCGCGCCGCUCGGGGCCAUAUUACUACACCUACGGGUUCCACUGGCGCGCCUACGCGUCCUACAUCGCUGGCAUCCUGAUCAACGUCGUCGGCUUCGCGGGCGCCGUCAACGGCCCCGGCAGUGUGCCCGUCGGCGCCACCUACAUCUACAACCUCAACUUCUUCGCCGGCUUCAUCGUCUCGAGCGUCAUGUACUGGGCGCUGUGCCGCCUGUUUCCCGUGCCCGCCUGCGCGGAUACGUGGACGGAGGUUGGUGACCAGAUUGAUGAUGUGCGGCUGGCGUACGAUGGCGGCGGCCAUGGCUUUGAGCACGGUCGACACAGCACGAGUGGCGGCAGCCAGCCGGAGUUCGAUGAGGAGGCUGUGCUGGGGAAUAAGUAUGGCGAGGCGCACCAGAAGUCGGUGUAG